AUGUCAAGUGUCCCCAGUGAAAGGGUCUUCCUGAGCGAAAAGCUUAUUUGCACCAGCGUAGCAAAAUUGAAAGGAAAGAACAGAGAGCCUCUUGAUUCUCUUGACUUUGAAGGCUUUAUGGUUCCGCCCGUUGAGGCUACAGUCCGGGACAGACUUCUGAAGAGUGUGUCCCCGUCGGUGGAAGAUGGCAGUGUUCUCCUCGGCGUAGGCCACGGCGUUGAACUGGGCGCAAUAGGAAACCCUCAGGCUCUCGAUGUCGAUGUGUCCAUCGUCCAGGUCAAGACAGAGAAGCUGCGGGAUGUGGCGCUUUCGACCGUCAGCUACAUCAGCCUCACUGGCAUUAAGGUCGCCGAUCUUUCGACCCUCGGUGAGGGUCAGGUGGUUUUGAUCCUGGACGAGCUCGAGUCACCCAUCAUGGUUCACCCCGAGGCAAAGCAGUGGGAGACGCUCAAGCAGAUCAUCCUCCAAAAGCAGAGCAAGAUUCUCUGGGUGACCGAUACAUCGUUACUACAGCAGUUGCGUACCCCUAACUAUCCCAAGCCGGAACAAACCCUCAGCUCAUGA